GGGGAUAACAUUUCUCCCAGAGAUGAUAAAGGUAAUGUCAUCGGUGGAAAAGCAACGUUCUUGGAUGCCUGGGAGGCCAUGGAGGAGCUGGUGGAUGAGGGGCUGGUGAAAGCCCUUGGCAUCUCCAAUUUCAACCACUUCCAGAUUGAGAGGCUCUUGAACAAACCUGGACUGAAAUAUAAACCAGUGACUAACCAGGUUGAGUGUCACCCGUACCUCACGCAGGAGAAACUGAUCCAGUACUGCCACUCCAAGGGCAUCACCGUUACAGCCCACAGCCCCCUGGGCUCUCCAGAUAGACCUUGGGCCAAGCCAGAGGACCCUUCCCUGCUGGAGGAUCCCAAGAUUAAGGAGAUUGCUGCAAAGCAUAAGAAAACCACAGCCCAGGUUCUGAUCCAUUUCCAUAUCCAGAGGAAUGUGAUUGUGAUCCCCAAGUCUGUGACACCGGCACGCAUUGUUGAGAACAUUCAGGUCUUUGACUUUAAAUUGAGUGAUGAGGAGAUGGCAACCAUCCUCAGCUUCAACAGAAACUGGAGGGCCUGCACCGGGUUGCAAUCCUCUCAUUUGGAGGACUACCCCUACGAUGCAGAAUAUUGAGGUUGAAUCUCCUGGAGACAUUACACAGGGGAUUCUCUUUCUUCACUGAAGUGUGACUAUCUCCACUCACGUCCUAUUUUAGCCAAGCUUAUCUGAGAUCACAGUGAACUUCAUCCUGCUGUAGACCAGAAUGGAGGUGCUGUUUUAGACAUGUAUUUCUGUAUGUGCAACUAGGAUCAGAAUAUCACAGAAAAACAUGGCUUGAAUAAGCAGAUGACAAUUUUUUCCACUUCUCUGAUCUGAACAAAUAUUUGUUAAGCACAAGAAAUUCUGCCAACACUGAGGAUGUAAAGAUCAAUAAUAAAAAAUAAUGAUGGUAACCAA